AUGGCUUAGAGUCAUUUCCCUACAGAUGUCCUGGCACCAUUCGAUGCACCUGUACAACGUGUGGACGAUGGCAGUGUCGGCAUUUCGACAUACCUGCAUAUUUUGACUGGCGUUGUGGCUGCAUUCUUCGCAGUUGAAGCUCACACCGGCCCCAUAAGCCAGUCCUCUAUUGACGACCCGUGAUAUAAGGUGAAAGCCUCGCAUUGAAGGAGUCCCAUUAACCUGCCCUACUUUUAGCUUAGAGUCACUCUUUGCAAUUCUUGCUCCCUGUUCACUUCUCCAACUACCUUUCGUAACCUGCAUCGUCAAGAUGGGUCACGAAGCACACCACCAUGAGGAGAAUAACCCUCUGAGUUUCUUCGCCACACCUCUCCAGGAGCCCUCACACGCCAAUCAUCAUCAUACCAAUGCAAGCAACUCUGACACCGAUCUGGAGCAACAGCACAAGUCCACAGCACAUGCACACACCGUCGAUGCUUCCCGACCAAACUUUGAGAACAUGGACUGCGCUCUACAUGACAACCCAGCAUUUCAUCGUCAUGCAGAAGCUACGACUGCGGAACUAUUCUACGACCUGUUCUUUGUGGCGAACCUGACCACCUUCACGUCCAUGCUUGAGAUUAACGAUCGGCACUCCCUGACUGCGUACAUCGGCUUCUUCAGUCUUCUGUGGCUCACUUGGUAUCAAGUGUCGCUCUAUGAUGUCCGCUUCAGCGCGGACUCUGUGUUCGAACGCACUGCAAAAGCACUACACUUUGGCGUCAUGGUUGGCUUCGCUGUUAUCGGUCCUCAGUGGAAGCCUGGCCAACAGAUUUACGACUACAAGAUCUACAAGGCUUUUGGAUUGAUACUGAUGGUAUCGCGUUUGACCUUGUUCGCCCAGUAUGGCAUCACGCUGUUCUACACAAAGAAGUACAGGAAGACUGUCCUUCCUAUCGCACUAGUCAUGGCUUCGACUUUGGCUGCUGCGAUACUGUACGGUGCGCUCACGCCAGCUUUUCCCAAGGUCAAAUUGGACGCCGACGGUUAUAUCAUUAGCCAAGCCUCCAACGUUUACAUUGCAUGGUACAUCAUCGCCAUCUCGGAAACGAUACUCACGGUUGCGGUGUCGUGCUACUGGACAAUCAUCUCGUUCAAGGGGACACACAUGGUGCAGCGCAUGUCUCUUUUAUCUUUGAUCAUUCUCGGAGAAGGCAUCAUUGUCAUCUGCAAGUCCAUCUCAAAAAUCGUCAAAAACGAGUUCUUGUGGACGGCAUCGGUCGUAGGCCAGAUUAUCGCUGGUAUUCUCAUCAUCUACUGGCUCUAUCAACUCUACUUCGACCGCAUACAGGAAGAGCACUUCGGCAGUAUCAAGCAGCAGAUCUGGUCAUUCCUGCACUUCCCACUCCACACCGUCCUUGUACUCGUCCUCCAAGGUGUGUCACUGCUUAUCAUUUGGCGCCAAGCAGUCGACGCAAUGAACGGAUGGGAGGGCAUGUUGGUCCCGGCUCAAGACUGGCUGCUCAGCGUGGCCAACGGAACAGAAGUCAUGCCAGAGGGAACAACGUUUGCAGACUGGGUCAGUGAUCUUACAGGAAACUACACCACCGGCGAAAUCUUCGCAUACUUUGCGAACGCGACCUGCUAUGGCCAUGUCUAUAACUACGUCCCAAAGGGUGUCGACGCAUCCAAAGAGGUAGCAGCUGUUUACCAGGCCACGCUAGACGUACGCGACGGGAUUGACAACUUCUUCGCCAAUUCAAACAACGACACAGCGUAUGACCAGUUCUUGGAUGGAUGGAACAGCAUGACCUCAUCGACUUUGAAGACUUUGUUUGACAGCUUUAGUGUCACAGUCGCAAAGAGCAAGAACAAGAGCACAGGCGGCGAGAAAACCAAGCCGGAUAUCAGCAUGAUACUGAACCAGUACUACGACAUCUUUGACCUCGUCAUGAGCUACACAUUCAUUACAGCUGGCUUAGCCCUGAUUCUCAUCACAACGCUUGGCUUCCUGUCCCUCCCCCAGCAUCAACGUGGCAUGUCAACGUUCGUUCGAUCAUCGAUCUGCGCGGUGAUUGGUGUCGCCCUUUGUUGUAUCUCGGCAAUUCGAUAUAGUGAGAAGGAGAUGUACGCAUACUUGGGCAGUGCAUGGAUGAUCCCAACAAUUUGUCUGGCAAUGUUCAUUUGUGUUGUGGUCAGCCAUGUGAGGCUGCCAAAGAGGAAGGCCCAUUAGUCGGGCAUUUAGGCGCUACCAGAUGGUUGGAGGUGAAUGCAGGUACCGCGAAGCGUGCUUGCCUGCACUGCAUAGUGCCACGGUGGAGAAACAAGUUCUUGCUUCGCUGUGGGCUGACUUCUAUCAAUAUACAUAUCUUAUUAGAUGUAUCAUGUUUUCC